GAAUGAAACAUUACCUUCCGUGUCUGGUUUGUCAAAUUAUUGAUGCGGUGGUUUGAAUCACGUUUGAAUUUAAGUGCGAAGCUCCGUAAUUCCUAUAUUUUCGUUUAUUUAAUUGUAGUACUGUUUAAAUGAACCCUUGAAUUGUGUGGUAAUUAAGUGAAAUCUGUGUUAUCAAGUGCGUGAUCAUGGUUUUGGCUGAAAGAAGUAAUGAUGUUCGAAACGGGAAGCGGUCGAGGGGGCCAAGCCCCAAUGGCCAUGGAAGUCCAGAUUCCAGUUCUGAAGAUGAGAAUGUAGUACCAUUUGCAGCCGAAAAAAUCAGAGUGGGCAGAGACUAUCAGGCAGUUUGUCCUGAACUGGAACCAGUUGAUCAACGCAGACCUGAACUAAUUUCUGACAGAGCUUUGUUGGUUUGGUCGCCCACAUGUGAUAUAUCCGACGUCAAAUUGGAUGAGUAUAUUACCACAGCAAAGGAAAAAUAUGGGUACAAUGGUGAACAAGCACUUGGGAUGUUGUUUUGGCAUAAACAUGACCUCAACAGGGCUUCAAUGGACCUUGCCAACUUUACUCCAUUCCCAGAUGAGUGGACAGUUGAAGAUAAGGUGCUUUUUGAACAAGCUUUUCAGUUCCAUGGCAAAAGUUUUCACAGAAUACGGCAGAUGUUGCCAGACAAAUCAAUCGCAUCAUUAGUAAAAUACUAUUACUCAUGGAAGAAAACAAGAGCUCGUACAUCACUUAUGGAUGUUGUGAGUGAAGGUCGCAAUGCAACUGGUUCAGGAACAGGCAAGAGGGAGUCAGGGGCUGGCUCAGAGCCUGGAGGGUCAGAUAAAGACUCUGACAAUGAUGAAAAGAAGUGGACUUUCCACCGUGGUAUUGUCCGUGGGGGGAAGGCCCUCGCGGCAGGCGGGGCUUCGCAACGCGCCACCGGCCAGCAGGGCGCCCAGGGCGAGGGCGGCGGCGAGAACGCGGGCAAGUGGUGCACUGUGUGCGGCAUUCUGUGCAACCAGAUCACGGCGCACAAUUCGCAGAAGUUGUGUCAGGCAUGCCUCGUGCACGCCAGACGCACGGGGACGAUGAGGCCAUUGUGCGGACCGUCCGGAAGACGCGGUCCGGGUUCCAAACAGCAGCGGUACAAGCACCGGCUGCCGCGUGGCAUUUACAUCAAUCACGAUGAUCUCGUCGCCAUGGCCACCGGCCCCCAGCCUGGCGAUGCCCCGCAGCCCGGACUUAUCAAUCAGGGCGAAGCUAUGCUCAAAGCUAUGGACAGAGAAAUUAUAUCUCUAAAGAGACAAGUGCAACAGAAUAAACAGCAACUAAGUGCAAUGAAGCGCAAGGUUGGAGACACUGGCGUGGAAGAGUUGAGGCCUGGUGAGCCACCCGCAAAGAUUAACUCGCGCUGGACUAACGAUGAAUUACUCAUGGCAGUGACGGCUGUUAGGAAAUAUGGCAGAGACUUCCAAGCGAUUGCUGAGACGCUGGGCACGAAGACGGAAGCGCACGUUCGUUCCUUCUUUAUUUCCUAUCGGCGACGAUACAACUUGGAUGCUAUGGUGCGCGAACAUGAAGCCGAGCGCGGGAACGCACAUCACAUACAAGCCGGCACCACGAGCACAGAAUCGGCUGAAACUGGUGACAAUGCUAAUAAUGGAACAGGCUCCCCACAGACUACAAACAAAGACGAAAAAACGGAGGUGGACAGCGAGGGCGUAGCUAUCGGCGCGUCUGCGGAGGCGGGCGGGCCGCCCACCACGCCGCCCAAGCACAAGCCCAACAAGUGAUCCGCGCGCCCGCGCUAGUGGUUCCCACCGCCACGGACAGCUCGGUAGCACGCAUUCCAUACCAGCUAACCAGCUAGUGGUUCCGCGAGGACAUUUUACCCCAAUCUUAUCCAAAAUAACACUGUACUAGAAAUCUAUGUUCCAGCUUUUUCUAGAGUAAUGAAUAUAAAAUUGUAUUUUAUAACAUGCUGUAUAUUCGUAUGCUAUUCAGUAUUCAGUCUCUAAGCCCCAAGGCUUUAUGGCACAUCUCUCGAAACUCAAUGUAUAAUGUAUUUAUUGGUGCGCUAUAUUAUUAUCAAUUAGACACGCUGAUCAAUGUGUCUGGUUGAUUUUAAAUCCUUGAAUUUCUGAUGGAAUGAGGACAGAAAUGUUUGUAUACGCUUUAGGGGAGCAUCAGACUUGUGUAUAUAACUAUAAUGUAUGCUGAUAGGUUAGUUUCCUUUUUAGGAAGCUUGUGUAUAAUAUGUUUAUCGAUAAGUGUGUUCCUGUUGCUGGUAUCUAUGACUGACGCCCGAGAGCUGUGCUCUUAAAAUGAGUUGUCGUGUUUGUCCAAUAUUUCUUCAGAUUUAUCAAGUGUGAUAGAGUUUUUAGAUUUAAUAUAGAAAUACCAUAUUAAUCACUUGCCUUAUGUAAUAAGUUUGUCUCUUGUACUCGCAUGCUUAUCAAUAUGACUAACCACAGGAGAUAGAUUCAGAUCUACUACAUGCUUCUGUGGUGUUUAUUAAGAUAGUUUUCUAUUUAAAAUGAUUUUAAGAGAUAAUAGUAGCUAGAUAUUUUCAUGUAAGACUUAUUAUUUUAUCGAUAAGGAUACUAUCAAUCUUGAAUUUUAAUGUCCAGCUGUAGUUUUAUAGAUAAUUAUAAAAUACUAAUGGUGAAUUAAUGCUAGACAGGUAUACUAUUGAUACUCAUAUAGGUAAAGUGGCAUUUAUAGUUGCAAAUGUGUAAUGUUCCAUUAUAAGGCCAUAGAUUACCGCUUCGUUUAAUAAAAGCAAUAUAUCGAAUAAUACAGAUUUUUAUGCACACUAGAAUAGCUGUGAGAUUAAUAUUAAUAAUGAUCUUUUUCCAUACAAUUAAUAGAGCGAUAUAAGAUAUAAAGUGGCGAUAUUUUUGUACUAGAAAAAGACCUCCCAAUGAUUAGAAAAUGUGGUAUGAUUGAUGUUUUUUAAUGGUAUUAACUUUAAUUUUGUACUUUUAUUGUAGUAUUUAGGUUUUAUUUAGUGUAAUGGACUACCGCGUCGUUUAUAGCAUAAUCUACUAGGUUUUAAUAUUUUGUACAUCACAAAUGAGAUGAGUUUUUGCACCGGUUUAUACGAAGCCGAAGAUAAUCGUUACCGAAAUAUCAUUUUUACUUAUUCAGUGUGAAUUGUCGUACAUAACAAUUAUGUAGUAUUAUUUACUAAAUAAUUUAGAAACGGUGCAUUCGGUAGAUAAAUUAUGUUUCAUACAAAACUACGACGAGGUUUGAUUCCACAUUUUUUUGUUAAAAUUAACAUCCGCCUAACAUUGACGUAAGCAAUAUUUUUAAUUCAAUUUAUUCUAUUUGCUGUAAUAGCUUAUUUUAGUAUCAGGAUACAGAUUAGUCUGUACUAACUUUAUUUCUGGUUGUAUGGGAAAUGGGUUCUUUAGUUACGCCUACACAAAUAAGUUCCUUGAUAUAAAAAUAUUAUUUUGCAACUGAUUUGUGGUCAGACAAAACUGGUUUAACUAUAGAAUUAGUUUCAAAACGUUAGCAUAUUUAGGAACGGCGUAAGACCUUAAUCACUCCAAAGAGAUCCACAAAAUGAAGUCAUCUUAUUUAUUGAUGCUAAUUAGGGCUAGUAAGAAGAUUGUUACUGAAUUAAAUUAUUUUUAUUAGAAUUAUUGUUUUCUGUAUAUUAAGAACUUAAAUCAAUUGACAAAGUGUUUUUUAUUCAUUAAGUAAUGCUCAAACUUUAUUGUUUUGUCCUAUCACUUGACAGUGGUCUCCACAAAUUAUUUAGUAGCUAUUACCGAAGUUAAGGGAGUUUUCAUUUUAAGAAUAAUAAAUAAUUGUAAGUAUGUAUGAA